CUCCUGUGAGGAAAGCGGUGCCACACCGGAAGUGUUUGCCUAACAGUUAAAAGCCACUUGACAAAGGCUAACUGAGGUUAGCCUUCAGCCCGGUUCCGUCAUUCUGUUGGGAUGGAGGUUACACGCCAAAAUUUUAAAGAGUGCUUAAGCACGGUGUACAGCGCCAUAGACGAGGCUGACUUUCUCGCCAUCGAUGGAGAAUUUUCAGGUAUAAGCGACGGUCCAAAUGUCAGUGCACUAACAAACGGCCUGGACACACCUGAAGAGAGAUACACGAAGCUCAAAAAGCAUUCAAUGGACUUUCUGAUGUUCCAGUUUGGAUUGUGCACAUUUAAAUACGACCAGGAAAAGUCAAAGUAUAUUAUAAAGCCUUUUAACUUUUAUGUUUUCCCGAAACCAUUCAGUAGGACAUCUCCUGAUAUAAAGUUUAUCUGUCAAAGUUCCAGCAUUGACUUUCUGGCAAGUCAGGGAUUUGACUUCAACAAGGUGUUUGGUCAUGGAAUUCCAUAUCUAAAUCAAGAGGAGGAAGCUCAGCUGAGAGAGCAGACAGAGGAAAGGAGAAACCAGCAUGCUAAUGGUCUCGGGACGCCGUCCUUUAUCUCUCCAUCAUCCAAAGGCCCUGCACAUGUACCCGAUGAACAGAAAGACUUCAUCAACAAAGUGGUAGAGAAGGUCGAGGCCCUCUUUAGUGGAGCUGGAAAGACUCUGGACCUGGACCCAUGUACAGGAUUCCAGAGAAAGCUGAUAUACCAGACGCUGAGCUGGAAGUUUCCCAAAGGUCUCCAUGUGGAAACCUUGGAAACAGAAAAAAAGGAGAGAUUUAUCCAGAUCAGUAAAGUCGACGAGGAGGAGAGGAGGAGGAGGGAGCAACAAAAACUGGAGAAGGAGCAGGAGGAGCUCAAUAAUGCCGUAGGCUUCUCCAGAGUCAUCCACGCCAUCUCUAAAUCUGGUAAACUAGUGGUUGGCCACAAUAUGCUUUUGGAUGUCAUGCACACAAUCCACCAGUUCUACUGUCCACUGCCAGAGGACCUUCAAGACUUCAAGGAGGUUACAAUGUGUGUUUUUCCAAGACUUUUAGACACCAAGCUGAUGGCCUCCACUCAGCCAUUCAAGGAGCUGAUCAAUAACACUUCUCUGGCAGAGCUGGAAAAACAAGUGAAAGAGGCUCCAUUCAAGCCACCAUGCUUUGAAACGGCAGAGGGGUUCCCCAGUUAUGACACGGCCCAGGAGCAGCUCCACGAGGCGGGAUACGAUGCCUUCAUCACCGGCCUGUGUUUCGUCUCUAUGGCCAACCAUCUAGGCUCUUUCCUGACGCCACCGAAAGCUUACAUCUCUCCCCGAUCUAAACUGAUUGAACCUUUUUUUAACAAGCUCUUCCUGAUGAGGAUUAUUGACAUACCCUACCUCAACAUUACAGGACCAGACUUGCAACCCAAAAGAGACCACGUCCUGUAUGUGACCUUCCCUAAGGAAUGGAAGACUAGUGACCUCUACCAGCUCUUCAGUGCCUUUGGUAACAUCCAGGUGUCUUGGAUCGAUGACACCUCAGCCUUUGUCUCUCUAAGUCAGACAGACCAGGUGCAGAUCGCUAUGAACACCAGCCGCUACGCAGAAAGCUACAAGAUCCAGACAUAUGCAGACUACAUCCAGGGUAAACAGCAGGAGAAGGAAAAGCUUGGCCAGUCAGCCAAGAGCUGGGGAGAGGAUUGCUGGGUGAGACCUCACUACUCCUCCUCCACUGGAUUUGGGUAUCCCAGGAGGAAACGCAGCAUCAGUCCAAUUCAGGGAGAGCAGGGAGGUGAAGGCGCUCCCACCUGCGACGGCUGGAACAACUACUCUUUCCCUGAUGGCACUGGAAGCAAAAAGAUGAAAUUUGAAGAUCUUGGUGGAAAGGCAAAUGUUGAAGCUGUGGAGAGCAAGACCUCAGAAGGCUGGCUAAAGAUGACAGAGUCAUCGUAUUCAGCCGAAUCAAGUCCUGUCCCAGAUACCAAAAGUCCGGAGGGCACAGAACCAGGUAGCUGUGCUGAUGGGACAGCCACUUGGCAUCAAACUCCAACCGUUCAAGGAAGGAAAGGUCAAAAAAGCAAGAAAAAGAAGUCAGAUGGUGUGUUUUUGCGUCUGAAUCUACAACCUCCCUGUUCGAAGUCCCAGAAGUCUGGUGAAACAGCGAGGUCGCUGUCCCGCCCUGGGCUCUCCUUCAGGAUCAUAAAGCACAGACUGCAGCACGCCCCAACUUCAUGCUCUCAUACAGCACUAAUGGAUAAAGACUCCAAAGCUACCAGCCAAGACAUUUAAACACGUUUGAAAGAGAAAACACAAGCCAUAACAGCAGCUGCCAUAUUCUGAUCUAUCAGAGGAGCAGGCACCUCCUCAUACAGAUGUAUAUCUCAAAAAAUAUAUUUAAACUGCAGAUUAUUCAAUAUGUUCAGACUGGAAUCUGCCUCAACAGCCAUUUGGUCUUUGAAUGCAUUCAUACAUUUUAUUAAUGUCUCUAAUCAGUCUUAUAUUUUUGGGUGAGUGAGUUUGUAUGUGUGAGAGAGAGAUGUCUGUUUUCUUAGUGUUUGUAUUUCUGUGAAUUUGUUUUCUUAGGAGAUAAAAAUGCCAUUCAAUAACUUCCAUUCUUUGUUAGGGUUAUUUACAUACAAGAGUUUUAACACAGUCUGCUUUUGUUUAUUUUCUUCCCAUUUUAUGAAAAUUGUCUAGUUUCAUUUUUAUCAGACAAAUGUGAGCUUUUCAAUGAUGUGAUAUUUAUUGUCAGUGGCAUUUUUCACCCUUCAUAAAAGGUGCUUGCUUCGUUUUGUACAGAACUGUUUUUCAUUUGUGUUCAACGUUUUGUAACUGUGUCAACCUGCAACGAUGUCAGAGUAUGCCGUCAGCACAAAAAGAUGUAAAAUUUAAGACAGUUUUGUAUGAGUAUAAAAAUCCUUACAUUUCCUUUUAAAAGAGGAAAAA